AUAACGGUAACAUACACAUGAACUGGAAUAAAUUUUUUACUGGUACGCCAGAUCACGGGCAUGAGGAUGAAACCGAAACGGAAGAUGAGGAAGAUAUUACUGAUAGCAAUGGAACCGUGUCCACCGAUAAGAGACCGCAUUUUCUUGGAAUGCAUUUCCACAGAUUUUCACAUAAUGAUUAUUCACAACGAUGUGUCAAACUUACCUUCUUAAUUAUCAACGCGGCCACGUUCCUUGCAGGCAAUGUUGCUAUCGUAACUUCUACAUGGACUCUCACUGAUGAUAGUAUAAUGUCAAGAUUGAUUGGUCAACGUUUUUUCAUUACGACUUUAUUGUUCAUCGGUUUAAUCGCGUCAUUAGUAUCGUCACUGGGAAUUAUUGGCUUACUUCGAAAGAGGAGGAAGCUUUUAAACAUCUACGCAUUGUGUUAUUUGUCAUUUCUUUGCACUAUGUUUAUCACUGCUAUAAUGUGUUUCUGGAUCUUCGAUGAAAUCACAAGAAAAAUUCAAGAUGAUAUGAUUUCUUCCAUUGAAACUUAUCACUCCUCAUUUUCAAGUCGAGAAGCUUGGGACAAUACCCAUAGAUAUCUGAAAUGUUGUGGGAUAAAAUCCGCAAAGGACUGGUCGAAAUAUCGCAUCGACAUACCGAAGAGUUGUUGCGCGAGACGUCUUGACGAAUGUUUACAAAUGACAGAAGCAGUGGCUUAUAAGUCAGGGUGCUUACGAAAUGCUGUACUCCUGUGGAAAUCAUACAUGCACACGAUUAGCAUGGUCACGCUGUUGCUCUUCGUAGUCAUAGCUGAGACGAGAAGGCCACUGAUAAGUAUUCAAAUCAAAAUCAUCAGAGACACUGACAAAACAACGGAAUUGUAUUUGGAACGAGAAAUACAUAGGUGA